AUGGUCAACCAAGAUAAUGAAGUGGUCAAGGUAGAUCUCAAUGAAACUGAUGAUACUUUGACUCAUAAAAUAUCAACAACAACUGAAAAGAAGAAGAAAAAGAAUAAGAACAAGAAUAGAAAGAAAAAGAAGAAAUCUCCUUUGGAUGAACCUAGUACAUUGAAUGAUGAACUCAACUAUACCUACAACUAUGGUAAUGUUAUCAAUGUAAAGGUUGAUACAUCCAAACCUUGGACUGAAGCAACAUUGGGAAAAUACCUCAAAGACUCUGGUUUUGUUAAAGGUUCAUACAACACUCCAAGUAACAAAGCUCAAAUGACUCCAUUCUAUGUAAAGUUUGCAAACAAGUUGUUGUCAAGAUCAUUGUCUCAAUUAAGUAAUUGUCUCAUAUCAUUCCCUCUACCUGAAGCUGGUAAUGGUAAAGAUGACUUGGAAAAGGCCUAUGACAGUAUUGGAUCACCAAUGUUUGAAGGAAUAAUGCUUCCCUUUUUACCUCCAUCAGACAUGAUGAUGGGAACUUUGCUUGUUGUCGCUGCCUAUGUAAUGGGUUUUCCUAGAUUUGGUAGAGGGUCGAUUCCAGAUGUAAUCAAAACUACUCUUGUACAGUUUUGCUCCGAGAUACCAAGAGAUCUACCAGACCUAUCUGCCAAGAUUAAAGAUACCUUUAAUAGAUUCUUUGGUCACGUAGAUAAUCAAUUAAAGGUUGUUUGGGACAAGAAUACAAUGACACAAUACCUACUCAACAAUGGUAUUAGAAAGUAUAGUACAACAAAGUAUCCACCAGCUCAAGAUAACUUUAACAUUAUCAUAGAGUUGUGUAGAAUGAUCAAGAAAACAAUCAUUAGAAGCAAUCCGGAUAAUUAUAUCCGUAGAUUUACACAAGAAACAUCUUUGGAGUUGGUCAAUGUAAUACCAAACGAAACUGUUGAAUCUGCACUAGAUAGACUUGGUCGUAUGUCUGUUCCAUCUUGGAACCCUGAAAAAGGUUGGCCUCUUGAUCAGACAUUGAGACAAUGUAUUCUUGGUGUCACACUUUUGGCAUUUGAAACCGGAGUUGUCAACUAUAUUCAUCCGGGAUUGAUUGAUGGUUGUAUUAAAAAAGAGAUUGUGGCUGUUUUAGAAUUUCCUUGUUUUGACGACGUGGAUGACCUUCCCACUGCAUCCAACCGAAUCAAUUCUAUUCUGGCUGAUGUUAUCAUUAAUCAUGUCUACUAUAUUGAAGAAUUUAAAAAGUUUGUAGAUCAAGAUACUUUUGAUUAUUGUCCAACUCGUUUAAAUAUUAAUUACAGUGAUGAUGAUUAA